UUUAGGUGAAAGAUAUCGUUCAGUUUUCUGGUGAAUCAUUCACAUAAAACUUUCCAUUAGAAGAUACGAACCAAAACUCCCAACCCAUGCCAUUGAACUUCGGUUAAGAGAAACUCCCUUGGAAGUCUGGCAUAUGACGUCACGUUUCCGUUUUCCUGUAUUGUCGAACAGUGUGCUGUGUGACGUAAUAAUCCAGCACACAGGUAGCAGGAUGGCACGGGUGGUGUUGGUGUUGCUGGCUUUGGUUUGGCAAAAUGUAAUUGCUGGAAGAGGUCCAACCACAAUAACUUUAUCUCCCACUGAUAUAAGAAAGAUUGUUUCCAUACAUAAUAAACUACGAAGGUCGUUGUCGUCGUCGAACAUGAGAUACAUGACAUGGGACGACGAACUAGCAAGAGGAGCCACCGAAUACGGAACGAAAUGUCAGUUCUCUCACAAUAGAGCUGGGUUCCACUCCAAGUUUAGAAACAGCAUAGGGGAAAACAUAUACGUGUCUCGCUCCCCGCUGUCGAGAUUCGACCCCGUUGCAGCAACACAGAUGUGGUUUGAUGAGAAAUCAGAUUUCGAUUACGCAACUUUAACGUGUGAAGCUAACAAGAAGUGUGGACACUAUACACAAGUAGCAUGGGCUGCGUCAUACAAGAUCGGUUGUUCGCUCACAAUGUGCGAUUACGUCAGUGAUUUUGAGCACGAGGAUUCACAUCUCUUUAUUUGUAAUUAUUCACCAGCGGGAAACGUAUAUAGUUCAGUGGAUGGCAAGCCUAAGAUGAUGACCCCGUUCUUGGUGGGAGGGGCGUGUUCUAAGUGUGAGGAUACAACGGAUACUUGCAACAAUAAACUGUGUGCAAACGCGCUCAGAGAUACAACCCAUCUUAACCUUCCCCCACAAAACCCCCCAACACUUGGUCCUUUAGAACCCCUGGCUCCAUUGUCACCUGAUAAAGUUGAGUGUGACGUCAUGCAGACGUCAUCAGGCAAGAGUUUGGUCGCAGCAGUGGUCAUAUUAUCCUUGUUCUUGGUUGCUCUCUUGUUUUACACAUUACGUCGUGAGAGGUCAAGGUUAAACACCAGACUUACUGUGAUGAACCCUAAAGCGUCCACGGCACAUACACGGUUCAGCAAUCAAAACACUCCUGUCCCAUCGAGACCUACGUCACCAAAACGUCAUUCCAUAAUUUCCAACAACAGUUUGAAUGUGAACAAACUGCAUGGCAACAGCAACUUAAGAAAAUCAUCGUCGCCUGCUAUCAUCGUGCAACGAAUGGAAGGGCGAAGGUUCCUACCUCCAAACACAUACAGUGCACCAACCACACCAUGCAGACCUAAACCACCUGUCCCACCAAAAUUUAUCAACCGAGUGUAAAGCAUACAAGUCACCCGCCUUGGAUUUGAAUCCAAGAUCUUUUUUUGCCAAAAUAUUAACGCCUUGAAUCCAAGGCUGUUGCUAAUAAUCAGUGUUUUAUUUCACAGUAUUUCAUAAUAUUUAUCUACUACGCCUCGUAAGUUGUUGUCCCGCCCCACGAGGAUAAAUAUGUAGACGCACAUUUACACUGCUAUUGACGAACGUUAACGUUCUUCAAGCCUCUAAUAGGAGCAAUAGCUGGACCAUUGGUUUAAGCUGUAAUUUGCCAAGUAUUAUGUAUUUUUUGUAAUACAUUUAGCAAUUUAACACGAAUGUGAUAGAUUGAAACGCUUACAAAGCAUAAUGAGCGUGUUUAGUAUUGGUUUUAAUCGAAAACGUGUUUUAUUGUUAUACCAUGCCUUUUUCCGUGUAUUAUUUUUUGUUACUGUAAUCCGAAACAAAUACAAGUUAAGCUAUGUUAACCAUUAA